GAGAUGAAAGCAUUGUGGACAAGCUGCAGACAGAUCGAUGAUUCUGUCAAAACCUUAUAUUGAAGCUUGCUGAGGGACAACUAAAGGUUGUCUUUCUCAAUCUUUUACAUCCAACCUCUGGAAUAAGACGAAUACAAAAGCAGGAUUACAUAACCAAACAUCAGGUUAGAACAUGAACGUCUUCAUGAUGCUACUGGCUGUGGCCACUGCAGUGUACAGUUCAUCAUCAGCUCUACAGGGCCGAUCAUCCUUCAUUCAAAUUGUGGAAGAUUAUUACCUAACCGGUCAUGUCAUAGAUCGUCAGAAGGCGUCCAGCGUUUUAUCCUGCGUCCAUCUCUGCCUGAGAAGCCGUCCUCUUUGCCUCUCAGUGAAUUACAAGGAACAAGAAAGAACCAUGAUUUGUGAACUAAACGAUGAAGGAAUAGUAGGUGCUGGAGAUGAUACCUCUUCCCUUCUACCUAUGCGUGGAUUCAUCUUUGCACAGUUGUUUAAUCUCACGUCUCCAUGUUUCAAAUGGCCUUGUCAGAACAAUGGGAAAUGUGCGGUACAGUACGAGAAGAACAGUUACGUGUGCAUUUGCGCGAAAGGAUACACAGGGGAACAUUGCGAAACGGAUAUGGACGAGUGCAGUGCUUCCAUCCGGCCUUGUGACGUUAAUGCAAACUGCCAGAACACCUAUGGCUCCCACAAGUGUUCCUGUAAAAAUGGAUUCUAUGGAAAUGGAAAAACAUGUAUACAUAGCGGCUGGACUCUUAUCGCUCGAUUCUCAAACAGUGAUGGCAAAAAUUGGAUGCGUGACGAUGGUAGAUGGUGGUAUGACCAGCAAAUUGCCAUUGGAGCGAUAAACAACCCUUUAGUGAACGACGAUAUGAUUUCAACAGCCUUUUGGUCGGUCAGCGGCAGAGAAUUAAAAAUCACGCGUAGUGACGACCCUAGUCACACUCCUCUGUUACAGACCACAGGUAACUGUUUGGCUGGACAAACGUUCCGAUCUAAAAUCACAAGUUAUGGCGAUUUUAGAAAUGGCAAGGCCUGGGCCAUUGAUGAGUGUCUGGGAAGUUGUACCGUUCAAUAUGGCGGACAGUACAAUUCAACAGACGGGUUUCAACAGUCUGAUUGCAAUGGAGACAUCCAAAGCGCCAACAAAAUCGGCUUCUGGUGUGACAAUGGUAGUGGGGAUGGAUCAGUGAUGAUGAUUGGUGGGGGAGGAUGGAACUGUGCACGUGCUGAUCAUGGGAUCGGGAUCACAGAAACUGCCGCUGCUUCUUUCGUUGAAGAUGGUGGUAAUGAAACUGAAUAUGACUUUGGUUAUGAUGGUGAAAAAAAUAAAGCUCCAUCCCAGUCCUACUCGUUGAACUUAUGGAUCCGUUAAAACAUUAUAAGAUCUUUCUUUUUUAAACUUAGUUCAGAACUGUAGACCGCUGAAA